CACCUCCCAGCAGUCGUUGGAUCCUGGGCGAGUUUCGCUGCAAAGAAGAAAAAAAGAAAAGAAACAGCCCACAGUGGUUCAUGCUUCAGUCUAUACAACAGAGCAAAGCACAGCGCAACAGCUUACCAUACAGGAAGGAGAGCAGGUGCCAGCGCAGUCUAAACUACUCAUUAUUUUACUGAUGAGACAACAGGAGCGAGUGAGACAGCAGCUGCUGACUGGAGCUGACCUGCAGAUCGACGCAGUUGGUGUUCAAUUGGAGAAAAUCUGCUGGACAUGGAUUAUUGGUGCCCUUCUUCGCCGCUUUGGAUUUAGUUAGUCCCUGCAACCUUUGUUUUUUACGUGUAGUUCCCGGGGACGCCAAGAACAGGUGGAUCCUGUUUCUGUGUCAGGCUCAAACCGGCUACCGCUGACCGUUCACCUUUAUGGGGAAUCAGGUGGAGAAACUAACGCAUCUAAAUUACGCGGAGGUGCCAACGUCGGACCCAAAUGGGUUCGACCCGGAAGACGACGGACCGCGGAUUGGCGUGUCUUAUAUUUUUUCCAACGACGACGACGACGACCAGGACGACAAUUUUGAUCACUUUCCAGCGGACAAACGCCAGGUAAACCACGAAGAGAAGCCCUUUGACCCCCGGGACGAGCUGGAGUGCGCGAUCUAUUAUCGAGAGGAGUGCGUCUUCGAAAGAAAAACCGGAGCCGCGACUCACUCCGCGGAAAGUCUUCUGAACAAGUGCAGACCGGGAGACCUGCUGGAGUUCGUGGCCACUGGACAGUAUCCACACUGGGCUGUUUACGUCGGGGACUUUCAGGUGGUUCAUUUGCACCGGGCUGAAAUCAAGAACAACUUUCUCACCGAUGUGAGCCAGGGCAAACAAGGCCGGAUAGUGAACAGCCUCUACAGGUACCGCGCGCUCCCGCCAGAGGUGAUUGUGCGCAACGCGCUGGACCACGUUGGGUCAAGAGACAGGGAGCUGUACUGGAGAAAUUCUGAGUGUUUUGCAGCCUGGUGUCGCUUUGGCAAACGGGAAUUUAAAAUCGGAGGGGAGAUCAGGAUUGGGAAGCAGCCGUACAGGUUAAAACUGCUGUUUUCUGAGAAGAAAAGUCACGUCCUGGAAUUUCAAAGCCUGGAAGACGUGAUUAUGGAAAAGAGGAGGAACGAUCAGAUUGGUAAAGGUGCCGUGAUGCAAGAGUUGGCCAACCAUUUGAAUACAACACAUGAACUCAAAGAGGAGAAUUUUGUUAACUGACACUGGAUGCACUGGUCAUCUGGAGAGAAUUUGAGGUUCCACGGUGAUGUUCCAUGCUCCAUUUAAGCGCUUAACCCAUGAGGUCACGUAAACGUGUACACUGUGCCAACAAAUGUGCAUAUUCAGAGGGAGUUUAUGGUGCAUCAUGAAAAUAUUUUUCACCCAGAGGAAUUUGUGAAUUCCAACUAAAAUGCUUUAGCAAUGAUCAGCGGGGUUAAAGCGACAUUUCCAUACCUUAAUUUGCAUUGAAAACAAAUAAAAAUGAACACACCCCAGUGGCAGAUAUCCCUCCCUCCUUUUGUAAGAAAAUGAGAUUUCAGUCUCUACCCCAGGUUAAGCAACCUGUUAUGGCGGAUACAAUUUGCAUUGGAGCUUCACCUGCAGUCUAAUCAGUUGGGAAUGAAGUUAGAAUUUAACUGCCCUUAAUUAUUUUUCUAAUCCAGCAAUGCUUUGCAGAGAGGAGCAAAAAACUGUCCUUUUAGUCCUGACUGACAAGAGUGCUCAAGCUGCUUGCUCCUGUACAACUCAGGUGUUGGAGACCAACCCACAGAGUGGAAGAGAGAGACGGUUACUCAACGUUAUGGUGUUUCAAGCUGGUGGAUUGCCUUCUGUUGCUUUAUAUCCAAUCAUCACACAGCUUUACCUUCUCUUGGACUUCUUUGUGGACACUGUUGACAGCUAUGGGCACUUUUAUUAAUUCACCUGUUACAACAGUUUAUUUUUUGAAGCAGAAAGAUGUUUGUAUGAAGGAUUAUGGAAAUAAAUAUAUAUAUUUGAAGAGUAAAGGGUUUUCUUUUUAGCGAACGGUUGGCCUUUAAAUGUUUUCUGAGAGCAUUGGUACAGUGCUAAUCGAUAGUUUCAAACCACCAGCCUCAAGAGAGGCCGCUCUAUAUCCUGCAUCCUGAACACCGGCCUUGUCUUUUGCACUGGCAAUUGGAGAGCAGCUACACCCCAAGCAAUUCAAUCCCAGCUCGCAGUUGGAAGAGCCACAGUCAUACCUGUUCAUCUGCUGCUUUUUGGUUUGUGGUUGCGUGCAGGAAAGUGCAGGCUACCCACACAGUUAAAGCUGCCAGUUUUGAUCUAAAUAUUUUCCUCCGAGCAGCAGCUCCCUGAAACUACUUAAACAUCUGCUUUGUUAGGCUGUGUCAAGAUGAGUUCCAACUGUGCUGGACAUUUUUGCUUUGUUUACACCUCUGCUUACUGAAGAUAAGACUCUUUUUUUUUUCCUUGAAAUUUACCCAAAGGCUAAAAAUGUUUCACAUCCAUAUUUUUCUCUCCUUCCCUCUCCUUGAGCUGCAUCAUUUAUUAAACUUGGGGUAAAGGUGCAGUUAAAUAAGGUACAGUUUUAUUUCUAUUGGGAAACAGUAUUACAACAAUGACUGAAACACUUUGCAGUGUGUUCACAUACAGAGGCUGCAACGGAAAUUACAACAGGCUGUGAGGUUGUUUGAAAUGCCAGACAUCUUGUUUUUUCCCUCCCCCCUGUCUGUGCUUCAGAGGAAACCAGUGAUCACGGGUAGUCAGUAGAUGAGUUACUUUUUCCUCUGGUGAUAUUUGCGUGACGAUACUGCUGUAGUCAUUUUCGUGCAGGUAAAGGUCCCACUGGACUCAAAGCUGGAUAAUCAUCAGCACCCGUACUGAAUGGGAAAGCUGCCGAACACAUUAGCAUUUCCUCAAUUCUCUGUGGUCUGCCACGGUGAUGAAAUACGAAUCGUGUAUGUUUAUGUGGUGCAUAUUUAUGAUAAUCAGUCAUAUUUUUCUUUUAGCACCUACAAACACACACAGUAUUAAAGCAGCCGCCAGUGGAGUUGUGUAAUUGGGAUUAUUAACUCACAUUUUUCAUCAUAUGUGACAAAGCUAAAAUUGAAUUACACGUACUUCAUAUAUUACGUUCAGUUUGAUUUACCGGUCUCUACAUAAACUGUAUCAUGCGCUAUUAAAGUAGUGUAUGUAAUGAAAACCACACAGCUAAGAAAAAGCUAGUUGUGAGUUGAGUUGUGUACUCUGCAGCUGGUGCAAAUUUGAUGCUGCCUUGUGGGGUUUUCUUGCAAAAUGCAAUCGAUUUGAAAAUGUCUGAAAA